UGAAAAAAAAUAAAAAAAGACAACUCUUCAUCAAGCAGAAUUCAUUCAGGAUAGAAGCAGCUUGUGCAAUGCUUAGAGACUGGCUUUCUCUUUGUUCCCAAUGUGUCUCUUCCUCCCUUGCUUUGCAUUUGUGGGAGGGAGCCUGCUGCACACAUUAAUAUUCCCACCGCUGACAGGAGGCACAUUCAGUGAGAUCUAAGCAAGAUGCAGUCCAUAGUCCUGCUAUAUGGGAUCUAUCAGAGAUCCUGACUGCAGGAAGCUGGGUUUAUCAGCCAGGGCAGUGUCCUGCAACAUUACCUCCUAGGUGGAAUUACAAAUUAAGGCUGUUGGGGAUUUGAGACAGUGGCUAUAGAAAGCUGCAGCAGCGUGAGCCAUGGCAGAGGUGAAGUGCAGCAGCAGCAGCACUGGAUCUCCCACCAAUAAUGGGCUGGUGGUGAAUGCAGAGCUGGAGAUGAAGAAGCUGCAAGAGCUGGUGAGGAAGCUGGAGAAGCAGAAUGAGCAGCUGAGGAACCGAGCUAGUGCUGUGAGCAACUGUACACCAAGCCCACACCUGCUGCUGCAGCAUCAGCAUCCUCCUUCUGUGGUGCAUCAGCCAGGGACAUGUAUCCACUCUUCCCCUGUGCUCUCACGGCCCACGGGGCUCUACCUACCCAGUCCUUUGCCCACUUUGCUCUGCACUUCAGCCUUGGCCGGCAGCCUCUUUUCCCCAGAUUCCAUGGGCUAUUACAGUAAUAACAACAGGCUGCCGUUUUCCUGCAUCAAUGCUGCAGAGAGGGCACAAAAUGACUGUAAAGUUCCAGUUCAUUCCCUACUGGAUGAGGUGGAGAUUUUGGAUCUGGAGGAUGGGUAUUGCAGUGGCGAUGAGGAAACCUGGUAAUGAUGCACUGGGGAGAUAGAGGGGUUAGGGAAGGUUCAGACAGGAGCUACUGCAUAUUUAUGUGACUCAAAUAUUUAUCUGAAGUCAAAAAGAAAAAAUAAUAAGCAUUGUAUACUUUUUAUUCAUAACAUUUAAAUUUGUAUCUUUAAACAGCUCUUUACUGAACUAAGGGUUGUGUGUGCCAAUUUGUAUUCAGAUUAGUUUUGCAGUCUUUGGACUGGGCAUGGAGCUGUUUUGUACAGUACUACUGUAUAUGGGAAAAUAUGAUUGAAAGGCUAUAAAAGUAUGCAAAAGCAUCCCCUCUGGUAGGAAAAGUCCUUAUUUGCCAAAGAAGAUUUAGUCUGUAUUCCUCGGUGAUUGGGAACAGUAAUACAACCUGCUCCAGGCAAUAGGAUUUGCUCUUAUCUCAGCCUGAAUUUUACAGAGCAGCCAUCAUUUAUUUAUUAACUGCUUUAGAAACUGAGUUUAGAUUCAACUGCUUUUGUUUUUUUUUUAAAUGACUUAAUUAUGAGAAUCUUGGCAUAGAGUGAUAUUUUGGAGCAGGUUGCAUGUGAUUGGUGGAAGGACAGAGGGGUGUUUUGUUUUGCAUCACACCAUCCCCAUAUUUCAAUGCACUGUAGGAUGAGAACUGAAAUUCUGGCUUUGCUUUGCAGUUAUUUUAAUCCAUUUGUGAUACUGCAGUACAGUAUCUUUAAUUAACAAAUAAUCUUAAAGAAAAUACUCACACAAUACGUUUGUUGGCAAAGAGCGAGGUGUAUAGUGUUUGUCAUAUAGCAGUCUUAUGAUAUCUAAAUUUAUCCGUCACCUAUUUCGAGCAUCAUAAGAGCACAUGUUCAUGAGGGAACCUGAAAGACAGAAGCUCUAUAACAAAGGCCAAACUAUAACAUCUUUGUAUAGUUCACACAUUUUUACAUGUAAUGAAAAGCAGAGUGAAUCAAUUUCAUUUCAAUUUGAACCCUCAAGUGCACCCUGGGGGGGAUCAGUACAAGUGUUUUGUCACCCACCUGCAGAUGCCAUGGGUUACUGCACUAGGGAAAAUAUGCCUGUUAUUAGUAAAUAAGUCCUAUGGCGAGUGAAAUAUUUCACCCAUGUGAACCACCUGUUAGAAAAAAUAUAAACAGCAUUUAUUUAGAUUAUUUAGAUUUAUUUAUUGAACUGAAAAUUUAGUUUUUGGACUUGCAGCAUCUGGAAUUGAUUGCUAUGGUUUACUGCUUUAUGGGUUAUUUUUUAAUGACUAUAUUGCAAAGUUUUUAUUUGAGAGCCAUUCAACAUUUAUAUUAGACUGAAACAAGCACACUUGAUUCCCCACUGCAUAAGGCUUAAGCAUCGUAAACAGCAGGAUUGAUUUAUUAAUAUACUGUAUGCACUAUAUUAUUUUUAUUUAUCAGCAGGAAACUGAUUCUGUUCUGUUCUUCUUCUAAAACCGGCCAUACAGAUCCCAGAAUCUCAUAAUAAAGUUAUUAAAUAACCAGA